AUGAAACUGAUCGUAGCUCUCUGCUUGGUCGCGGUGGCGGUUGCUGCCCCUCCCUCAAGGGUAAACUACUCCCCAGACAACGUGCAAAUUGUCAAAUAUGACAACGACAACCUGGGACUCGGAGACUACAAAUACGCAUUUGAAUUGACUGAUGGUACCGGUGCUGAACAGCAAGCUGAGAUCAGAAACCCGGGUAAGGAGGACGAGUCCAUCGCUGUGAAGGGAUCCUUCACCUGGGUGGGACCUGACGGUGUGUUCUACCGUGUCAACUACGUUGCUGACGACAACGGUUACCAGCCCGAGAUCGAACAGGGACCCGGAGGAGCCGUCCCACCCGCAGUCGUUGCCUCUCUCCUCGGUUAA